AUGGAGCGCCUCAGCCUCUUCGGGCCCAGCGACAGGCAAGGCGUGCAGGGGAGCUUCGGGCCGGCCGUCGUGUCCAGCGCCUGCGACGCGCCGGAGACCAGCGUCUCCAGCCUGGAGGACCUCUUCGAGCUGCUGCAGUUCGUACUCGGCGCUGUGGCCGCCGCGGGCCAGGGCCGGAAGGGGAAUUUCCGGCGGCGGCCGGAGUUCCACGCGCUGCAAGUGGCGCUAGACCUGCAUGGGUUCGGUCUCGUGCACGUGGAAUGCGUCGACGAUUCGCACCGCUGA